AUGGAGCAGCUACAUGCUGAGAACGCCCAGCUCGCCCAGCAGCUGGCUUUGUUAUCUGCUCAAGUUGCUCAGCUAUCUGCCCAGGUUAUGGCUGCUCCACCACCACCCAGGAGAAAAUGCCAAGUGGCGAGGCCGGACGAAUUUGAUGGCAACCCGGACAUGUUUCCUGUGUUCAUGGGACAAUGCCACUUGUACAUUAGUGUGAAAGCAGAUGAUUUCCCCACUGACCGGGAUAAAGUGGGUUUUAUGAUAAGCCUGCUUUCUGGUUCUGCAGCUUGUUGUGGCACACCCUUGUUAGCCCAAUGUAGCCCAAUGUAG